AUGAGCGCGACAGCCUCCUCUUUGACAGGGAACCGCCACGAGCGGGCACCGCUGCCUUCAGAUGAUGAUUACACGUCGUCCUCCGGCCCCUCAUCUUCAGAAAGCGAGAGCGAAGAGGAAGACAGCGAAGACGAAGAUCAAGAAAUACGAGAUGACCAGGAGACCACAAUUCCUGCACCAGAGCCAUCAAUACCCCAUAUCGGCGGCCGGCCCAAGCCCAGUAUACAUCGCAUGGAAGGAGGCUCGGACCUUUUGUCGCGGUUAUCAAGCUUUUUGCCGCAGAUGAAGAAUGCAAAUGAAGAUUUGGAAAAGAAAAUUGCGGCUGGCAAAGGCCAAGAGAUGGUUUUGGAUUCCGUGGACGACGAUGGCAAGGAUUAUAUUGAGAUGAAUCUUGGGCUAGGAGUACUCGAGGAGAAACGCGGCGACAAUGAAGAUUCCUCCAGUGACGAUGAAGGCGAUGAUGAAAACCCCGAUGGAGAUUCGCAGAAGUCAAAAGAGAAUGCAGAUUCGGAUCUUCUUGGGCAGCUUAUGGGUGCAAUCACUUGCUCUUCAGAUAAACCGAAAAUUGAGGAGAUGGCGGACUAA